CGAAGCCAUAGAAAACCCUGACUCUGCAUCGUCGUAUACUUAUAUAUGCUGAUUGUUGCAUGUGCCGAUGUGAUUGUCGAAAUUGUGUUUGUUUGUGUUAAGGAGCUUAGGAAGGAAACACUUUGUUUAGAUGUUAUUGUAUACCACGUAUGGUGUGCACUGGAGAUAGGAAACCAUACCGGAACCAUAUACUUGUCUUCAAAUUAAUUACUUUACCAGAAGUAAUUUCAUUGUGUCAUGCAUAGCAGUUAUUCACAAGUCUUCACGAUUUCUAACUCUCGACCUUACUCUUAACACCCCCUGAAUAUUCCACAAUUUUACCAUGCGUACAGAACAGUGUUACAUGGCGGAAGAAGAAACAUCUGGAAACACUGAUAGUGACAUCGCCGUGGCCUUAUUGCCACAAACUGCAACACGGGGAGUUGCAGAAAGCAUCACGCAAUGUACUAUCAACCCAGAUUCUACAUCUGAGUUGAUAUGUUAUGGAUACCAGAGGAGUUAUUGGAAAUCUAUUAUUGCUGGACUUUCUGUUUUAUGCUCUGGGGGAUUUCUUUUGCUUAUAUUCUACUGGAGACCAGAUUGGAAAUUACGAUGCACGCAUACUCGUACUACCAUCAUGAAAUCAAGCCAGGUCUUGCUUCGGACAACAGACGAAGCCAAUCAAGUUUUUGUCUCGAAGAUUAAAGAGAUUCCCUUGGAAUUGGCAAACCUUAUUUCUUUAAGGUAUGCUUCACCUCAUCUAGCUGACUUGCAACCAUGCACCGAUAACGAAGCUCUGGUAGAUUAUGGGACAGAAACUUCAUCUGGCCCUGCUGUCAUCUGUUUUAAGCACCACUCCUUAAAGUAUAUCUGGAAUAAAACGUCAGCGACCUUUAUUGAGCUUGGUGGAUUGGACAAGCAAGCUACUCUUGAACAAAUUCAUCAAGAUUCUACAAACGGUCUCCAACCGGAGGAUAAGGACAACAGGUUGCAACUAUUUGGACCAAACGUGAUCACUGUUAAAAUUCCAGCAUACCUGCAACUUCUUUUGUUUGAAAUUUUAAAUCCGUUUUAUGUUUUUCAACUCUUUGCUGUCAUCUUCUGGGUGCUUGACGAAUACGAGAUUUAUGCAUCAGCGAUAUUUGUAAUGUCCGUUAUAUCAGCGGUUACGUCUUUAAUAGAGGUUCGCAGAGAACGCUUUAAACUGCAUCAGAUGGUUGAAUUUCAUAAUGAAAUGAAGGUGCAGGUCCUACGUCAAAUAAACCAGGAUCCUCAAGUUACUGAGAUUUGGUCCAAAGACCUGGUUCCUGGCGAUGUGCUUGUGGUGCCACCUAGCGGUAUGCAACUCGCUUGUGAUGCAGCACUUGUGUCUGGUACUUGCAUAGUUAACGAAAGUAUGUUGACUGGAGAAAGUGUUCCUGUGACCAAAACACCGCUACCAAGUGGCGAGAAUGAAUUAAAGGACAUCUAUGAUACGACACCCCAUAAGCGGCAUACUCUGUUUUGUGGAACUGAAGUUUUACAAACUAGGUUCUACCGUGGAGAAUUAGUUAAAGCUGUUGUAGUUCGUACUGGCUACCAUACUGCUAAAGGAAAGCUUGUGCACAGUAUUUUGUAUCCAAAACCAGUGGAUAUGAAACUUCUAAGGGAUGCUUAUCGAUUUGUGGGGUUGCUUUUUACUAUUGCAAUGGCUGGAUUCGUAUACACUGUAGUGAUAAUGGCGAAUGAUGGGGAAUCUAUUCGUGAGAUUUUCUUCAGUGCAGUUGACCUGAUAACAAUAUCAGUUCCCCCUGCAUUACCACUGGCUAUGACCAUUGGCAUCAUAUACGCUCAGUUAAGGCUCAAGAAACAGAAGAUACAUUGCAUCAGUCCUCAAAGAAUUAACAUUAGUGGACAGGUUGAUGUUGUAGCUUUCGACAAGACGGGGACAAUGACUGAGGAUGGUUUAGACCUUUCCCAUAUCAUUCCCAGUUUGUUAAAAGCCAGCCCAACCAACAUGCGAUCUGAUGACCCUGGGACACUUGACCUCGUGACCCCCGAAUCAAGCACCCCGGCCUUUCACCUUGUUAUUGACCCCGAGAAUUUGACAAACGAGCUCAACCCUCAAGAUGAGUUACUACAGUGUAUGGUGACUUGUCAUACUCUCACAACUAUUGAUGGAAAGGUAUUGGGGGAUCCUCUCGAUCUGAAAAUGUUCGAGGCCACCAAGUGGUCAAUUGUUGAACCUUCGGUGGAAGAUGAGAGCAAAUAUGAUCAACUACAAAUAACUUACUUUCGCCCCCCAGUGGAGAAAAUUGACGAGACAUUGGUUGAAUCAAUUGACUUACAAAAUGGACAGUCCCCACCUAGAGGAAGUUCGUCGCAUGAUAUCGGGAUCGUUCGUCAGUUUCCGUUCGCUUCCACGCUCCAGCGAGCAAGCGUGAUCGUUCGAGCAUAUCGAGCAAAACCGAAAGAAAUGAAAGUUUACCUCAAGGGGGCGCCAGAGAUGGUGGCGAGCUUGUGUGCGCCGUCGACUGUCCCGAACGAUUUUCACCAAGUUUUGAAAAACUAUACACAACAAGGGUUUCGGAUGAUCGGAAUGGCUUGUAAGGACAUUUCACUCACGUGGUUGAAAGCUCAGAAAAUCGAACGUUGCGCAGUUGAAUGCGACCUCAAAUUCCUUGGCUUAAUUGCGUUGCAGAAUAAACUGAAACCUCAAUCUAAAGGUGCUUUGGAAAAACUUGAUACCGCCAAUAUUCGUAGCGUGAUGGUGACAGGGGACAAUUUGCUAACAGCCCUCAGUGUUGCGCAUGAAUCUGGUAUGAUACGCCCCAGUGAGCACGUACUGCUUGCUACAACAACUGAAGCCACGGAAAAUUUACCGGCAACACUGAAAUGGAAAUAUGCGGAGAACACUGGAAGAUCUAGGUCUUGUUCCAGGUCUUCAUUCUCUUCUUCCGACGAAAUAAUUUCAAAAAAAGAUCGUUCUGUCUCGUUAUGCAUGGGUGAACAGAUGGCACCGAAGUGGCAUCUUGCUGUGUCGGGAAAAGAUUUCGAGACAAUUCAAAAUUAUUUUCCAGAAUGGAUUGAAGUAUUAUCCGUAAAAGGUACUGUAUUCGCACGGAUGUCACCCGACCAGAAGACAGAACUGAUGGCGAACUUACAAUCAGUAGACCAUCACGUAUGUAUGUGCGGGGACGGUGCUAAUGAUUGUGGAGCGCUUAAACGAGCUCAUACGGGCAUCUCGCUAUCAGAACAUGAGGCUUCUGUGGCUGCACCUUUUACUUCACACACUGAUCUUGGCAUCGAGUGCGUUCCUACAUUAAUCCGUGAAGGUCGUGCAGCUUUAGUGACUUCGUUUGGAAUGUUUAAGUUCAUGGCUCUGUAUUCACUCAUUCAGUUCUGCACCAUAACCAUACUGUAUUCUGAAUUGUCAAAUUUGAGUGACUUGAUGUACCUUUACAUCGAUUUGAUUAUUAUUGAUGUGGUCGCGGUCACCAUGUCAAGGAACCAUGCAUGCAAGUUCCUUCACAAAAAGCAUCCGCCAUAUAGUUUGGUUUCUUUGGAAAUGUUGGUUUCACUUCUUGGUCAUAUCAUACUUCAACUUGGGUUUCAAGUUCUCAUUUAUUUUUAUGUUCGACAACAAUGCUGGUUUACAACACUCACACCAGCUCAAGCUCACAACGCAACAUUGAACGUAACUAAUUGCCCUCAAAUUGAAAAUGUAGUGGACCAAUCAGAUGUGGUUGACGAUUUCAACGUCCUAACUUACGAAGCAUCGGCGCUUUUCUACUUCUCCAGCUUCCUAUACAUGUCGACUUCUAUGGCUUUCUCGCGAGGAUUUCCUUUCAGGACGCCCAUCUAUAAAAACUACUUGUUCAUUUUUUCUCUCCUCGUGCUCUUGGGUUUUACUCUCUUUAUGAUCUUCGGUGCUCCUAUCGCGUUCGACAACUUCGUUAUGGUCCGGAGGAUCCCUGAUCCCACGUUUCUUCUUAUCCUUGUUGGCAUCGCUGGAGGACACUUCGUCAUCGCUGUCUUUUUCGAAAUGAUCCUUAUCGAACGAUCGGCAGUUUGGGACUGGAUUAGGGGAUCCACCUUUGCAAAAUGGGGCAGAAGAACCCCGCCCAAGCGUUUCAAAGUGUUGCAGAGCUAUUUUCAAACAGGGGAAUCCCCCAUGGAAAUAGGAGUAAUUAACCCCAUGUCUUCGUUGGGUUUAACCUUCACGUCCACGAUUAAAUAUGACGCAAAAAUCGAUUAUUGUAAGAAAACUCGUUUAUAGCAUGAAGCAUUGAUAUUUAUAAUUCUUAUGUUUAAGGUUACCAAUAAAGCUGUUAUUUUUAGUGUCAAUUUUUUCAUGGAGGUGAACCAAACUAUAUAACCCAGAUUCCAUAUACUGAUUUCCAACAUCUGGCGUAAUAAUAAAACAAAAAAUAUUUGAACAUUAUUUUUUUUCUUUGGCGAUUACAUUCACUGUAUUUAAAGGAUUUGGGAUUGUUUUAAAUUAUUUAUUCCUAAAAGAAACUACGUACUUUCAUGAAUUUAAGUUUUUAGAAGUGAAAAAUGUGAAUAUUAAGAGUUUGUAUUAAAAUUUCAUGACAUUUUAAAUUGAGAGAAUGAAUUUUGCUUUAAUUCAUUAGUGUUAAAAUUUAUCUGUGAAAUUUUGUUUUGUUUUAUAGUUUAAUAUUUUAAUUGAAUAAAUGUAUGAGCUUGAUGGUA